GAUCCACUCAUCUUGAAUUGUUUUUCUUAGUGCUCACAAGAUUCACCAGAAAACCAAAAGUAUUUGUGAAGUUGCUUUCAUUUUGUAUCAUUUAGUGCAAUCGAUCCAACAGUUAACCAACAAUUAAACCAAACCAUCAAUUUUAACCUUCUUCAACCAUCAAAGCAAAUCAAUUUCAACGGAAUCAAAUCAACUUUAAAUAUUGACGUUUAGCUGAGUUGUUUGUUACAAUAUUAAAAUUGGAUCUCAAGAUGAUUGUUAUUCAUCGUUUAAACUGCUGUUAAUUGUGAAGCAAAAUUUCAUGGAUUGUAAUUGUUGUUAACAAUUUAUCAAAAUCAAUUAUUUGUUUUAUUUUGAUACUUGGAUUGAAUUAAAACAAUGCAACUCCAAACGUUUAUUUGGAUUCCACUUUUGGUCAUCUCUAUAAGUUCAAUAAAAUGUGAUAAAUCUUCAUCUCAAUCUUCAACCAAAGGAUCAUUAUUAACAGUAGCAAGUCCACUGAUGAAGAGUCUUAUAAAGGAAACCUUGGCUUACAUGGCUGCACCUUUAUUCAUGCCCAUUGCCAUUGGACGCACAUUGCGGUCACCUCCAGGUUUAGGUCCUGACGGUUCACCAGUCCAACGAUUUGCCAGAUAUCUAUUUAAAUUGGCGACAAUGAAGAAGAAUGACGCUGAAGAACAGUUAAAGAGCGAUUUGUUUGAUCUGUUGACUACUCAUAGACGCAAUAUUGUGUUGACAAUGAAACAAUACCGGGAAUUGGAGAGAAGCUCAAAAGCAGCCAAAAGUUUACGCAAAAAUCACCGUAAAGCAAAACAAUUUAUUGAUUAAAGAUGGCAAUUUAACCGUAAUCAACUCUCAUUGAAUCCAAAUCUCACUUAAACCACCAACAAGUUUCCCUCAAAGAAACUCGCCUUCGAUAUAAUAUCUCAUUCAAUUGUUACAAUAUU